AUGGCAGAGAGGUUGCUGACCACGAUCGGCCGUGCCGGCAUUUUCCUCGGCUCUGCGGGCUUCGUUGCCUCUUCUUGUCUCUACGAUGUUGACGGCGGUCAGCGGGCGGUGAUGUUCAACCGCUUCGGCGGCGUGGCGAAGAAGCCGAUUGGCGAAGGCAUGCAUUUGUAUUUUCCGUGGUUCCAAGUCCCCUUUCUGUACGAUGUGCGCAUUCGCCCUAAGGUGAUCAACACGACAACGGGUACUCGCGACCUGCAGAUGGUCUCCGUCGGGCUGCGACUCCUCUACCGCCCCAUGGAAGACCGGCUGCCCACGAUUCACCAGACACUGGGUCCUGACUACGACGAGCGCGUGCUGCCGUCGAUUGGAAACGAAGUGCUCAAGGCCGUCGUCGCUCGCUAUGACGCUGAGAGUCUCCUCACGCAGCGCGACAAAGUCUCCCACGACAUCCGCGACGCCAUCACCAACCGCGCCCGCCAGUUUGACCUCGUCCUCGAUGACGUCGCUAUCACGCACUUGAGCUACGGAAAGGAGUUCUCCAAGGCCAUUGAAGAGAAGCAGGUCGCGCAGCAAGAGAGCGAGCGAACCAAGUUCAUCGUCGCGCGCACAGAACAGGAGAAGAAGGCGGCUGUUGUGCGCGCGGAGGGAGAGGCUGAAGCCGCGACGCUGAUCUCCGAGGCCAUCAAGCAGCACGGCACGGGCCUGAUUGAAGUGCGUCGCCUCGACGCAGCGAAGGAAAUCGCAGACACCAUGGCGAAGAGCCGCAACGUCAUGUACCUGCCCUCCGGCGUCAACAUGCUUCUCUCCCAGCAGUAG